GUAAACAAGAAGUUCCGAUUUCGCCAAUUGAUUUGAAAAUCUGUCCAUUGUUUGCUAAAAAAUAUAGACUUUUUAUCUGAAUCUUUUCUGACUCUAAAAUAAAACAAAGUAAUGGCGAGGAGACCGGACGAGGAAUACGAUUACUUGUUCAAGAUUGUAUUGAUCGGCGAUUCUGGUGUCGGUAAAUCUAACUUACUUUCCCGAUUUACUCGAAACGAGUUUUGCUUGGAAUCUAAAUCUACCAUCGGAGUUGAAUUCGCCACCCGCACUCUCCAAGUUGAGGGAAGGACUGUGAAAGCUCAAAUAUGGGACACUGCUGGUCAAGAACGGUAUAGAGCAAUAACCAGUGCCUACUAUAGGGGUGCCCUUGGAGCACUUUUGGUCUACGAUGUUACUAAGCCGACGACAUUUGAAAAUGUAAGCCGAUGGUUGAAGGAACUCAGGGACCAUGCAGAUUCGAAUAUCGUGAUUAUGUUGAUCGGUAACAAAACUGAUCUGAAGCAUUUACGAGCGGUUUCCACAGAAGAUGGUCAAAGCUAUGCAGAGAAAGAGGGGCUUUCGUUCAUUGAGACAUCUGCACUGGAAGCAAUAAAUGUCGAGAAAGCUUUCCAGACCAUUCUCUCUGAAAUAUACCGCAUCAUGAGUAAGAAGUCACUUUCUUCCGAUGACCUGGCACCUACAAGUAUUAAAGAAGGGAAGACCAUCGCUGUUGGAGCACCAGAUGCCAACACUAAAAAGGCUUGCUGCUCAUCAUCUUGAACAUCCAUCUUUGAUCAUUACAAUUAUAAUUCUUCUUUUUUAAUUACAGUUUGUGUUUCUUUUAUAGCUUGUCUCGUGCUUACGGUGUAUGCAAUAGCUGUGCACCAUCUAUUGCUAUAUCGACUCGAAAUGUUAAUUUUCUUGUGAUUAUGAUUUAAAGGUGGGCAGUAACCUUCUUUGA